AACACAAACAACGUUUCCGGUUCGUUUGCGACUUGACGCUGCUCCUGAGAAGAUGUUUUAUGGGAUUAGCCGUUAGCUGUGCGGCUGACUAGCUUGGGUGGACAGCUGGUGCAGUGAGGAGGAGGGGAUGCCCUUGACUUGGGGAGGAGGUGUUAGAAGGGGAAGGAGGCACCAUCAUGUAGUGUACCUAAAGAAGUGACAUUGUAAGACUCUGAUCUUCUUUGGCAGUGGUGUUGGGGAUGUGGCGCAUGCUCUGUAAAUUCAUUUCAUCCCUGCCAGUUGAGGAGCAGCAGCAUCCAGCUGAGAGAAGCCAUCGGGUGGGAAUGUUGUGCAUCUGCAGGGAGCCCUUGCCCCAGAGCUCCGCUGGCCAAGCCAUGGAGGCCUGAGCAGUCUCCUCCUCCGGAUCUAGAUGGUGGCAGAAAGCAAGUGUGCAUGACAAGAUAAACAAACUCAGAGACUGUCCCGCCUGCACUGCAGAUAAGCAGGAGCUGUGAGUCUGCUUUCCUUUUGAUUAUCACUGUUGGGUUUUUGGGCCUCUUUGGAUGCCUCAGACUCUUAUUUGUGGGAGUAGAUGAUCCUAUUAAUAAUAAAUGCAAUGGGCAGCAGCCCCUGAACUGUAAAUGUGGGCUUUGAACUGGGCUGGAUUAUUUUUCUAACCCAUAAGGAAAGGUGGAUUUGACCGAAGAUAAUGGCUGAGUGCGAGGAAGUGGAGUUGUCCAAGUCGCUGCAGAAAGAGGAUAGGUUGUCCACUGAGCUGGAGGAGCCAAGUACGGGCUUUAAAUCUAAAAGUUUGCCUAUUUUACAUGAAGCAGCGCCUCAAGAGGAGUCCUUAUUGGCUAGCUCUGUGCAGAUGUCCAUAAUGGCAGAAGAGAGUGCAGAAUUUAUCCAGCUCCCAGCUAAGACUGAGUCAUUCCAGGCAGAGUCCCAGACAAGAACAAACUACCCCCCCAAGCCGGAUAAGUCGGCGCUGAACAGGCCAAGCUCAUACAUGGAGAACACGGAGAUCCGUAGGAGUAAAAUCAUGUCGCUCAUGGUGUCGGGCUACCUCAGCAGCGUCAUCACCACCAUAGAGAAGAGGUACAGCCUGAGAAGUUCAGAAUCAGGCCUGCUCGUCAGCUGCUUUGACAUAGGGAGCCUCCUGGUGGUGGUCUUCAUCAGCUACUUUGGUGGGCGGGGCCAGAGACCUCGCUGGUUGGCGGUCGGUGGGGUUUUCAUUGCUGUGGGUGCUGCCCUCUUCUCCUUACCUCACUUCAUCUCCCCGGCCUACCAGAUCCAGGAGGUCAACUCAUCCUCAGCCAACCAGGGCCUGUGCAUGAACAGCAACGCUAGCGGACGGGACCGCAUAGACAUCACUUCCUGUCCCAGAGACCAGGAGGACAACGAACACAACCUGUACGUGGCGCUGUUCAUCAUUGCUCAGAUCCUAGUGGGCAUGGGAUCCACACCCAUCUACACACUGGGACCCACCUACCUGGAUGACAAUGUCAAGAAGGAGAACGCCUCGCUGUAUCUAGCCAUCAUGUAUGUGAUGGGAGCACUGGGUCCAGCAGCUGGAUAUCUGCUGGGAGGUGUUCUCAUCGGCUUUUAUGUGGACCCCAAGACUGUUGUCAACAUUGACCAGAGUGACCCCCGAUUCAUCGGCAACUGGUGGAGCGGCUUCCUGCUGUGCGCCACGGCCAUGCUGCUGGUCAUCUUCCCCAUGUUCGCUUUCCCCAAGAAGCUGCCGCCCCGACACAAGAAGAAGAAAAGGAGGAAAAAGCUGAGCCUGGAUGACCUGUCCAGUGAUGAUGACGUCCUCAAGGAGAAGAGCAACAACAAGAGUCAGAUGGUCACGUCAUCCAUGGGCUUUGGCAAGGACCUAAAAGACCUGCCCAAAGCCGCAGUGAGGAUUCUCAGCAACGUGACCUUCUUGUUCGUCAGUCUGUCCUACACAGCGGAGAGUGCCAUCGUCACCGCGUUCAUCACCUUCAUCCCCAAGUUCAUUGAGUCUCAGUUUGGCAUCCCGGCCUCCAGUGCCAGCAUCUAUACUGGUGUGAUUAUCGUGCCUAGCGCCGGCGUGGGCAUUGUCCUUGGUGGCUACAUCAUUAAGAAGCUGAAGCUGGGCGCUCGUGAGUCGGCCAAGCUGGCCAUGAUCUGCAGUGGAGUCUCCCUGCUCUGCUUCUCUACACUGUUCAUCGUGGGCUGUGAGAGCAUCAACCUUGGAGGAAUCAACAUCCCCUACACCACUGGACCUACGCUCACCAUGACCCAGAGGAACCUGACCGGAGGCUGCAAUGUGAACUGCGGUUGUAAAAUCCACGAGUAUGCUCCGGUCUGUGGCUCUGAUGGCAUCACAUACUUUAACCCCUGCCUGGCCGGCUGCAGCAGCGUGGUCAAUGAUAGCACCGGGAUUCGUAACUACUCGGACUGCGCCUGCGUCCAGAGCCGGCAGGUCAUCACACCGUCGUCCAGUGGUCAGGGCAGCAACCAGCUGCAGCUUGUCAUCGUGAAGACCUACCUGAACGAGAACGGCUAUGCCGUGUCAGGAAAGUGCGACCGCACCUGCAGCACCCUCAUCCCCUUCCUCAUCUUCCUCUUCAUCGUCACGCUCAUCACUGCCUGCGCCCAGCCCUCCGCCAUCAUCGUCACCCUCAGGUCUGUAGCAGAGCAGGAGAGGCCGUUUGCUCUGGGAAUGCAGUUUGUUCUCCUCAGGACUCUUGCCUACAUCCCGACACCUAUUUACUUCGGUGCUGUCAUUGACACGACCUGCAUGUUGUGGCAGCAGGACUGCGGCGUCCAUGGCUCCUGCUGGGAGUACGAUGUCACCUCCCUGCGCUUCAUCUAUUUUGGGCUGGCCGCCAGUCUCAAGUUUCUCGGCUUCCUCUUCAUCUUCCUCACCUGGUACUCCAUCAAGUACAAGGAGGAACGGGUCGAGCGGUGGCUCAAGCGCCACCUGUCGCCUGUCGACACGGUAGGCAGCCUCGUCGGUCACGCCCGUACCCGCUCCUGCCCUGUCAACAUUCCACGAAGCGACCUGAAUGGGCUUCCCAUUAAUGGUCCACCUCGCGCUGGCGCCCUCAACCGUGGUGUCAGCACCCAGAGUUGCCCCGGCAAUGAGCUAAAAGCAAUAACUCCUACCCCUGCGGCCGUGCCGUCACCUGCUGCAGCUCCUGCCCCCACUCCGGCCCGAUCGCUGGAACAUGUUUCAGUCCGAGUCUGAGUUUCAGAACAGGGGCAGGUAGCGAGGCAGGUCCUACCCACUGACAUUUCUUUAAUUCUGAAACCCAGUCCUCUGGAUUUUAGUCGCUGUCAAUGGCACCAAUCGUCACACGGAGUUCAUGCUCUCAUCUCAACACUCUUGUUGGCUGGUAAGAUACUCGGAGGCUUGUAAGUUUUGUUCAUAAAAAAACCAUCACCUGGAGGCCAUGAUUUAUUCUGAACCUCCAGAUCAGCAGCUAAAUGAUAAAAGGUUGGAUUAUUGUGGGGACCAACCAGCCUGGAGACUCCUGACAUGACAGAUCUGCUGGGCUGGAAGCGUCCGGGUGUUUUCUUUGUGAUCCACCUGCCAGUGCAGCAAGCGGACAAAGGCUUAACUUCCCUUUGGAUGAGAGUGAGUUCAUUGCACAUCAACCCCACCUGCUCCUCCUCCACACUGGCAAUAUGUGCCUUCUGUCACCAUGUACAGUACAUGCACAAACACGCUGGACAUCUGUCAGACUGUGGUCACCCUGUAGAAACGAGUCCCCUGGAGAGAUACCUCAGCUUCGCCAGCCGUCCCCUUGUUCCUAUAACAUGUGUGCUGCUUUUUUUUCUUUUCAUUUUUGUUUUUCUUCGCCCUCAUGUGAGCUACUUUUGUUUUGCGGGCACUGCAUAUCAGCACUCUCAUGGAGCAAAAAACAAAACCUUUGGAAAUGUGAUACACUGCAAUUCAGUGUUAAUUGGAAACCGAUGGAAUGGUGCUAUGUGGAAAAACUGUUUAGCGUCUUUUUUUUUUGUUGUUCUUUUUGGUCAUUUAGGGUUAAAAAUGUAACAGGAACAGGACAACAGGUCACUGGGUUAAACAGCUUGGCACGCACAGAAUGCAUUCCUAUCCAAUGCAAGGCCUUUUGUUGCUCCUCUGACACAAUGACACGUAAUAUUACCGCUGGAAUCUCCGUACACCCAAGCUAUUUGCUCCAUGACUGACACCCUGAUAAGUGGUUUAGCCUGAAAAGAACGGGAUCUGCAUUUUUCCUCCUGACCACAUUCCCAACCGGACAAGUCACCGUGAACCCUUCACACAGGAAGAAUACGGAAAGAAGAAUCUGUGCUUGGAGAAGUUUUCAAACUUGGACUGGGAAAGCGCUCUGGAAUUCUUGACAGACUGUAUUUUAGAUGACUUACCAGGCUCAGUGAAAGAUACAGCCAGUCAUUUUCCUACAGUAACCCCAACAUUGUACUUAACGUGUAGAAAGACAAGUAGAUGAGCAUCACAUAGAGGUCGUAGUGUAGUCAUGUCUUCUUUGUCGGCUCCAGAAAUAAAAGCUGCUAGUGAGUUUUGGGAUGGAUUUUGGAUACAGAGUUAAUGUAAUGGCUCGUGCCAUGUUGGUAAAUUAUUAAACUGUCGUAGAAAAUGACCUUCUUGCCUGAAAGAAAAGGAUGUGCAUUUUUUUAACCACUUGCCAGGUCAGACUACAGCUUGCACAUGUGCAGUUCAAAGUGUGGAAAACCAGUAGUUUCCAGGGCAAGAACAGCCUCAUAAUUUAGCAAAAUCACAGGGAAAAUACUGAAAAGGAUCAUGAGCAAAGUCAGGCUGCAGCUAAUGAUAAUUUUCUUUAUUUAUUAGUCUACUGCUUAUUCUUUAAUAAUAGAUCUAACACAAAGUCAGAAAAGCCCUUCACAGCUUCUCAGACCCCGAGACGAUGUCUUCACAUCUUGUUUUUUUUGGCCAACAGCCCCAAGAUCAGAGAUCAGUUUUCAGUGAGUUAAAUUAGAGAAAAGCAACACAUUUUAAAAGCUGGAACUAUUAGGUAUUAAACAUUUAGUGUUUUAUUCUUGAUAGAGUGGUAAUUGAUUAUCAAAAAUAUAGUUAAUUACAGUUCUGCUGAUUGGAUUGUCUCCAGUUUAGGCCCAGGAGUUGAAGCAGGUUGUAAUAAUAAUCUGCAGUCAUUUCACCAAUUCAUAACUACACUGACAAAACUCUCCAUCUUAUUAAGUCAAUUUGUCUUUAAUUGGGCUCAUAAAUGUCUGAAACUGGUGAAAAAAAAAUAUUAUUUCAGCCUGUUUUAAAUACAAAUUGACAAAACAGUCUCACCCCAAGCUUAAAUUUGUAGCAGUCCUGGAGCUUUCACCCAUAUCAGAUGAGCUACAUCACAGCAAACAUCAGGCUGGGCACAGAAACCUACAUCUAGUCUCCUGAUUGUUCACUCCAUCUGGUAUUUUGACAAGGAAAAAUUGACGGGGAAGGUAUGAGUUUCAUUUUUCAGUAGUAACAGUUCAAUCACUUUUAAAUCUUAUUCUAAAAUAAGUUUGUAAAAUAGUGGAAAUGUGAGAUUUAGCAGCUAAUGGAGGCAAAGCAAUUCUGAAAUUAUUUGAAUGUUAUAAGCAAGUGAAAAUGAAAUGCCACAGAAUUUACAGCACUGGAAUAUUUGACCUUGACCUUGCAAACACUCACUUGACUGUUUGCAGUUUGAGUUGUCCUUUUAUUUUAACUGGUAUGGAUUCACAAAUUCAGAUUCAAAUAAAAUCACAUGAUGUUACGUGAGGAUUCCAGUAGUUCAUGUGAACGUGUUGUUCUUGGGUCACAUGACUGACUGAACGUAAACCGAGGUCUGAACCUAUACCACUUAAAAUCACUGGAAGAAUAAAUUCAGACAAACGGUUUUUAAAGUGAAAUAUGUCAGUGCUGUAAUCAUUAAGUAGUUACAUCUUACAGUUUGACAAUCUUACUUAUACAAAUCAAAUUAUUUUAGCGGUAGUUUGCUUCCACCGUGGUUGGCAGGUUAGCGUUUGUGAUGACUCUAGAACAGGGUUGGUUCGAGCAUCUCUGAGCUGUAGGAAUGGCAGGAACGCAGUAUGCAUUUUUCAACAACUUCAGUGUCACCACUGAUUUUCCUGAGGUGCUCAUGACAGGCAGUGCUGCAACAGUGUGAGUCACUGGUGCUGAGAGCCUUUGUGCUUUUGUUACAAAUCCGUCCUCAGUGUCUGGGACUGCAGUGCUGCCUGUGGAGUCAGUGGUUCAUGUACAUAAAGAUGCAGUAGUUGUAAACUGUCGCUGUCCUCUGAGGACACCUGCUGGGAACAUAUGGAACAGCAUGUAAAGACAGGAGGGCAUUAAUUCAACAAACAUGUCCUAGAGCAGUGCUUGAAUAUCAGCAGAGGAACUGAAGUGUGGACUGUGGCGUUUGUGUCUCAUGCGUGCAGGAUUUUUACAUUUGAGGCUUUUUUGAAUUGAGGAUUAUUUGUACAAUAUGUGAGAAAAUGAGGAAAAUACCUCUUAUAGUGUGUUAAAGGCUAAGUCUAGUUUAGUCCAGUCAUCAGUCCUUAAACCAGGAGUGGUACAUUUACCAUCAUAAGGCUGAAGAAAAGCAGCCAGACUUCAGAUGCUGGAACCUGAUGUAGUGUUUUUUGAGAAAUGUAGAUUUUAACCAAUUCGACUGCAACAAAACAAAAAUAUGGCAGCACUUAUUUUCAGCACAUUUCUUACAUCUAAGUAAUAUGCUACCAUUUAUAAAUGUUCAUAACACAAAAAUGUUGCUGUAAAGAGGUAUGAAGACAUUUAAGUGUUAGCCUACAGUAUGUUUCAGCUUCCACCUGCAUUACAGUGUUAUAAACCACUUACUGUAUAAAUGUUCAUAAACAGUAUAUGAUGCUAAAUUCCUGGCUUGAAAAAAUGUGUUUUUCCUAAUCGUUAACCAGUCGAACUUAGUAUAUGAAACUCUGAGCGCUAGUGUCGGUACAACAUUUACUGCUACAGUAGCUAAACAAAAUCUUUUCAGAACCUCAGUUUGGGGAGGAUAAACAAUUUUUUAAAUUUAAUAAAAGUUAUCUUAACACUAAGACUGCAACUAACAGUGAUUUUCAUUAUAAAUCAAUCUGCCAUUUGUUUUCCCAAUUAAAAAGUUAUCUCUUGACUAAAAUAAGUCAUUUUUGACCAAGAAUCUAAAACCCUAAUUAAUUCAGUUUUCUGUGACAUGAGAUGCAAAAAAAGAGAAAAUGUUCAACCUUGACAGUGUUUGGCUUGUUUUACUUUAAAAAUCACUUAAUGGUUCAGUAUUAUAUUCCUGCAAGUGUAGAGAACAGUAAACAGUAUUUAAACUUUAAUGUUUAGCCAGUUAAUUGUUAAUCAGAUGUUUUAAAUAAGACAAAUGGAUUCUUGGCCUAAAAUCCCAGGUACAACUGAAGAGAAUAUAACUUAUCUCAGGAUUUCCCUAGAAGACGGCUGAGAUUCGAGGACAAGUCUUAUUUUCUAUAUAAUUAGUGUUCAACAAUCUAUAGAGCUCCAUUGUUGUCCAAAAACGAGCAUU